CCUAACACGGUGUAUGUAUCCAGUUCAAUUAUAACGCAUAAUAAGAAGUUUUUGUUCAAUGUACACGUAUUUGUAGAUUCGUUGCGAAUUUCCGCUUAAACAAGGACGCAUUUAUGUAUGUGCUGGAUAAAAUCAAAGACAAWUUUCAUUGUCGGAUGUCGUCUUCCAUAACGCCGAUGCUAAAAUUGUGUGCCGCGCUAAGAUUUUUUGCACAUGGCAGUUACGAACAAGCUAUCGGAAAUGAAUUUUAGUUGGGACUUGUUCAGCCAACAGUUUCCCUUAUUUUAAAAGAGAUUAUACCCAUUUUGGAAAAUGAAAUUUGUCGUACCSAUAUAAGCGUAGAUAUGAGUGAAGAAGAAAAGCAGCAGGCAAGGAGCAAGUUUUAUUCAAGAUCRGGAAUACCAAAUGUAAUACUCUGCAUCGAUGGAACCCAUAUUGCGAUUUAUGCGUCUACYACAAACAAACACCUCUAUCUAAACAGAAAAGGAUUUUUUAGCAUAAAUACAAUAAUUGCUUGUGAUCAUGAUAUGAAUAUCCGUUUUAUGGAUGCUAGUAAUGGUGGUUCUACACACGAUUCGUUCGUAUGGAACAAUAGUUCUUUAAAGGCAUGUUCAGAGGCAGCGCAUCAAAACGGAGAUCAGAACUCUAUUUAUUUAGGUGACUCCGGAUAUCCACUAAGCCCUUAUUUAUUAACACCUUUCCGUCGUGCAGAAUCUGGAACUAGGGAGUCAAUUUUUAAUAAGAAGCACGCGAAAGCGAGAAAUGUUGUUCAACGUACGAUUGGAAGGUGGGGAGUGUCCGCUACGAUACGGCACUCCUCGUCGUAA